UUACGUAAGUGCUGCGUGUGUACUGCGAUAUGAUACUGUUAAUGUUGAACGAAUGCCCGACGACUGUCUUUCGUUGAUAAUACAACAAUCUUGUCUUCCUGGAAAAGGAUUUGUAAGGUAUGGGAUCUCUUCUAGACCUUGUGGACACAUCGACAGCACUGAUCGCCCUUCUUGUGUUUCUGCUCAGUCUCGUUGUAACGCAUCGGUUCUACCAAAACGGCGAUGACAGCAAAUCGCUUCCCCCGCGAGGCCCGCGAGAGUGGCCGGUCAUCGGCAUCAUCCCCAGCCUGGUCGGGGACGAGCCGUACAAGCUACUCGCUCGCAUGUCGCCCCAGUACGGGCCGGUGUUCUUGACUCGUAUCGGUAUGAUUUCGACCCUCAUCAUCAAUGAUUUUGACUCGAUGAAAGAGGCUUUAGUGAGAUCUGGAGACGACUUUGCCGAUCGACCCAAGUUUGGGAUGAUGGAAUAUAUAACAAAAGGAAAAGGAAUUAUUUCAGCUCACGUGGGUGACAGCCAGCGAGAGAAGCGUCGCUUCGGACUUGCGGCCCUUCGAGAACUUGGCAUGGGCAAAUCGCGUCUUGUCGAGAACAUCUCCGAUGAAAUUGAAACCCUGUGCGAUGUUUUUAUGCGUUACGAAGGCAAGCCUUUUAACCCUGCCCACGACAUUACUGUCUCCGUUUCCAACAUCAUAUCUUGGAUUGUCUUUGGCAAGCGAUUCAAGCACAAUGAUACUGCCUUUAAGCGUUUCCUUGAGAUUAUCCACGAAGGGAUUGAGAUCUGUGAGUCAACAGGUGCUGCAGGGUUCAUACCCAUGCUGCAGUACUUACCUUUACCAGUGUGGAAGAAACUGGCGGAUAACGAUCGGGAGUGGAAGGAAUUCGACGCCGUCAUGAUCGCAGAGGCUUUGCAGAGGCCUGCCUCAGAAGAGCCGUGUUUCGUGCAGAUGUACAACGAAGAGAUGAAGAGGAUGGAACAACGAGCCAAAGCAACUGCAGCAGGUUCAAAGGCAUCCGAUGGUACCGAUGGCAUCAGUGCCUCGGAAGAAACUGUGAUUUUCAACGAAGAAGAUAUGCGUCAGACCCUUGGCGACCUGUUCGCAGCCGGAACAGACACAACCGCCACAACGCUCAAAUGGGCCAUCCUCUACCUCAUUCUCUACCCGGACGUGCAAUGCAAAAUCCACAAAGAAUUGGACAACGUCUUUGGACACAACAGAAAGCCGAGUCUCGAGGACCGCAAGUACAUCCCGUACACGGAGGCAGUUCUCCUGGAAGUACAGAGGAAGGCAACGAUUGUACCUCUUGGGGUGCCACAUGCAGCAAGCUGGGACACCAAGCUCAAUGGUCACCAUAUACCAGCGAAGACCUUGAUCCUACCGAACAUCUGGGCCGUCCACCAUGAUCCGAAGAUCUGGAAGAACCCUAAUGAGUUUCAACCUGAGAGGUUCUUGGAUGAUAAGGGAACUACCGUGCUGCAACGAGAAGAGCUGAUCCCGUUUUGCAUAGGCAGGAGAAAGUGUCUCGGUGAGCAACUCGCUAAGAUGGAACUCUACUAUUUCUUCACCCAUCUCCUCCAUCGCUUCGAAUUUCGGAUAUCAGAGGGCGCCCUACCACCCAGCACUGUCGGCAAACCCGGUGCAACACGCAACCCCAUGCCGUUCAGCGUGUGUGCGAUUCCGCGCUUCUCAUAACAUUGUUCAAUUUUUUUUUGUUCUUCUCAAACUGAAUAUCAACAUUAAACACACAUAUAUUUCAUCGGAUAAAUUUGACAAGCGAUCUUGUAUUGUGAUAAUUACAAGUAUGUUCCGAGUCUUCCGACACUUUCUACAUGCAUUCAUCGGAAUGUUUCCUUACAAAUAAAGUCGAUUGCUUAAUACCUCCGCAUUACCUUCAGUCAUAAUCGAGCCUAAUUAGCUGACAUGUCUGUUAUUCAAUGCAAUGUUUGCAAAAUGUUUUCUGAAAGGUGAUUGAUGGACAGGCUAUUGAAGUUUCCAUCAGUGGAUUGUUGGAAAGUACUUGUGAACAUGGGUUUAUUUCAGCUAUAAAGUUUAGGAAGAGCGCAAUUUUAUAAUUUGCUCCAGUGCCAUUGAUUAGGAGAGUUUGGCCAGCCCGAUUCAAAUACUACUUUAAUGGGAACGCAUGGAAUAAAAGAAUAUACGCCAUGUUGUGACAAACUAAAACCAAGCUGACCAAACUCUGUGUUUAGAUGGCACUUACAUCGGGCGCCAUUAUCCUUUCAUACGCCACUUUGGCUAUCUUUGAAAAAAGAUUGUUCAGUAUCAUAUACAUGUCAGUCAAACCUGUCUAUAACGACCGCCCGAGGGAAACACAAAAAGUGGUCUUUGUAGACAGGUGGUCUCCAAAGCACGUUUGACUGUAUGUUUAAGAGGUGCCUAAUUGC